AUGGGACGGACACCUGUAGGUAUCUCCCGGGAUCACUGGCACAAGCGUCGCAAGACAGGUGGCAAAAGGAAGCCCUACCACAAGAAAAGGAAGUAUGAGCUUGGCCGUCCACCUGCAAACACAAAGAUUGGCCCUCGCCGUAUCCACACAGUGCGUGUCCGUGGUGGCAAUAAGAAGUACCGAGCUUUGAGGCUAGAUGUGGGUAACUUCUCCUGGGGCUCUGAAUGCUGCACUCGUAAGACCAGGAUCAUUGAUGUGGUCUAUAAUGCAUCCAAUAACGAACUGGUGCGGACCAAAACCCUGGUGAAGAACUGCAUCAUUCUGGUGGACAGCACCCCCUUCAGACAGUGGUAUGAGGGCCACUACGCCAUCCCUCUGGGCCGCAAGAAGGGAGCGAAGCUGACACCUGAGGAGGAAGAGGUGCUGAACAGGAAGAGGUCCAAGAAGGUCCAGAAGAAGAUCGAGGGCCGCAGGAAGAAGGGCAAGAUCAGCAGUCUGUUGGAGGAGCAGUUUAUGCAGGGCAAGCUGCUCGCAUGCAUUGCCUCAAAACCUGGGCAGUGUGGCAGAGCUGAUGGCUACAUCCUGGAAGGUAAGGAGCUGGAGUUCUACCUGAGGAAGAUCAAGGCAAAGAGAGGCAAAUAGGCACCAGAGGCUCGGAAUAACCAAAUAUCUGUGAUUUAUAGACAUUUUUUCGUUUAAAUGUUCACCAUCUUGUUCUGUAGACGAUGGUGAAAAUACAGUUUUAUUUCUUUCACAACAAAGUAUCCAUGCCUCUGAAGGCAGUGUUCAAACCCUUUUGUUGAUUGACGUUGGCUAGAUUUUGUUGUUCCCUUGUGGUAGCGAUUGCUGUAUAACCUGACCAGUUAUGGCUUCAAAAAUAAAACAGGAUGCACUUGGUUACCAUUA